UGUCAAAAACUCGCUUGUGAAAUUUCGCGCGCGAAAAUAUCAUGGUUACAUUCUGCAAGAACGCGGGCAUUUUUUUACACGCCAUCUUCUUUUUGCUGAACCAGUCUGGAGCUGGAGGUGCCCAGGACAAUUCUUAUAAUUAUUAUUAUAUGCAAAUUGGACAAGAUAAUUUUAUAGAAUCUAAUACUACAAGAUGUUACGCGAAGAACGAUCAAGUUUUCGGCUGUUUCGAUCUAAAUUAUCCAUGGACCUCGGACCACAGACCAGUAUCGCUGUUCCCUGAAGAUUUGGACAAGAUCGAACCACAAUACAUACUACAAACAAGAGGAAGUAGCCCCGUUGUAGUUGAACUGUCAAAUUUUAACUUGGAGCUGACUUCAUUAAAUCCCAAAAAACCAAUUUAUCUAGUCACCCAUGGAUACAUGGAAGGCGGUGGUAUAGCAUGGAUUAAUAAUAUAGCGAGGACAUUGUUGCUCCAAGAAGAUUGCAACGUGAUAAUAAUCGACUGGUCCAGAGGAUCCGGGCCCCCGUACACUCAAGCAGUAGCAAAUAUAAGACUAGUCGGAGCUAUUACAGCUCAUCUACUACACCGAAUAUCAAAUUACACAGGGAGUUUGAAAUUAGAUCAUGCCCACGCAAUUGGGCAUUCACUGGGAGCUCAUCUUUGCGGGUACAUUGGAUACACACUUCAACAGAAAUUCAACAUAACGAUUGGUCGCAUAACUGGUUUGGAUCCUGCUGAGCCACAUUUCUCCAAGGUUAAGCCACCAGUACGUUUAGACCGUUCCGCAGCUAAAUACGUAGAUAUUAUCCAUACGGAUUCCAGCCAGUUCAUCAGAGGAGGACUUGGUAUAGUAGAAAGUAUCGGUCACGUUGACUACUAUCCAAACGGAGGCACUGACCAGCCUGGUUGUACCAAAGGAGUAUUUCAGUACAUUAAAGAUGCCAACGGAAGCUUUUUUAAUGGAGUGAAAAAAUAUUUGUCGUGUAAUCAUAUAAGAAGCCACGAGUACUUUUUAGAGAGCAUCACGCCGAAUCCAAAAUGUAAAUUCGUUACAGUAUCUUGUCCAUCAUUUCAGGACUUUACCAGUGGAAAAUGUUUCGGGUGCGGAAAAUCAAGAGAAAAUUGUCUACCGUUCGGAUUUAAUGGUAGGAAAUAUUACGAAAAGCAUUUGGGCAACAAAUGGAGGCACACGAGUAGAAUUCAGUAUUUGAUUACUGGCGAAUUCAAACCAUUUUGCAAGCACCAUUACAGAAUAGUAGUACAAGUGUCAAGUUCAAACAUGUCGAAAAUUCAUGGAGGCGAAAUUGGUCAGUUGUAUUUCACAAUGCACGGUACCACCGACGGUAGAGGUCAUAAAACAAAUCCCGUGGGAUUCGUGAGCGGGUUUCACGAACCCGGAGGUCUUUACAUGGCGGUGGUGGCUACCGACUCGGUGCCACAUUUGAGAGCCGUGGAAUUAGAGUGGAGGUACAACAGUAGUUUGUUUAAUCCUUUAACGUGGAGGAUACUGGCGACGCCUAGGAUCUAUCUAAAGAAGAUUACUGUGGAGGCGCUGGAAAACGAAGAAAGUAUAACCGUUUGUCCAAAAUGGCAAAAACCACUGGCGAAUGGUGUCCCGCAGCUGAUGAUCCCUUCGUAUUGUCAAUAUUUUUAAAUGAAUAAGUACCUACCUUUCAUCUCUUCGUGUUUGUUAUCAUCAUCCUUAUCAUCGUUUUCAUUUUUUUAUUAUUUAUUGUUAUUUUUUUGUAAGCAACAACAAUGCAAAAUAAAUAUACGUUUUAGUUUUUU